GAUAAUUAGAAAGAAAAAUAGUGAUGUAUAAAUAUUUAAUAUUCAUUGCAAAUUUCGGUCCGUUAUUUAGUGUUCUAAUAUGUUAUUUUUAAUUAAUUUGUCGUCCAGUUAUUGUCGAUCGUACAACAAGAUAACAACAUUCAUCGUUUUCGUGUAAUGCGGCAAUUCGUCGGCAAUGCCUUAUUUAUCGGCAACUCGGGAGAACAGUAACAGCGAUAGUCGACUUAAGUUGUUCAAUGGUUUGUUUCGGUGGAAAAAAACAGAAAAAGAAAAACAAAAAGCCAGGCAGCUAAGUAAAAGUGAAGUUUGUAUAGCAACAUCGAUGUCUGUGAAAACAAGGAAUUCGUGCCCUGCGUCUCCUGCUCUUUCUAUGCCCAGAUCUAGAGACGUUUUCCAGGACAUGGAAGCGCUUAAAAUCUCUAGACACGACAAUCCAUAUUUACAGAAAAAAAUUUUAGCAAGCAGAGAGAGCUUAUUAGAUGAUAAUAUUGUUGUAUCAGAAACGGAUGACAUAGACACCAUGGCUCAGGAAUAUUUAGCUGAUAUGGGCCCAGGUGCUUUAAUAGAGCUUCAUCAGCAUAUGGUAAGAAGUCCACCUCCAACUACGUGGCCUCGUAUACCUAUAUUUAAAUAUGAUGAAAAGGACCAAACUCAAGAUUUUUAUGGAGAUAGAUGUAAAAGUCCACAUGGCCGAUCGUUCCUUCACAGCUCCUGUUCAAGUAGUUCUUCGAGCUGUGUUGUUUCACCACGAUAUAACCAUCAGUCUAGAUGUCAUAGAUCGGCUAGCGAAUCUCGAGGUAAAUACCUUUAGAUCUUACCUAUAUACUUCGUUAAAUGUUGUACAAUUUUUCAAAUCUUCCAUAAUUUUGGGUAUUUAUAUAAAAUUACGCAAAAUAAAUUUUGGAUUGGAGACCUAGAAAAACGAAGUAUAUACUUAGGUUUACUCAUUAACUCACCGUUACUUCGUUUUAACUAAUCAGCAUGACCUAUUGUCUACAAAGCGGUAUAUACGAGGAAAAUCAAAAACUCAUGAAAAAGGGCUUCAAGUGCUUUCAUAUGUAUGUAAUAUGUAUCUGGUUUUAUCUAUAAAAUUAAAAACUAUUGAUAAAUAAAAUGAUAAUGUGCAAUAA